AUGAAGGCAUGGGACCUUUUGCCAGAGGAGCAUGGAGGUGGCAGCGACAACGACUUCGAUGUCGUUGAGCAUUUCUCAGAUGACGACGAAACUACAUCAAGUAAUACAGAACAUCGCACAAACCUGGAUGAUGUAAAACAGCCACAGGCAGGCUUCCCAAAGGCGUUACAUAGAAGUCUGAUAGGCUGCGAUCUGGGAAGGGUUAAACUGUCGGCAGAUAACCGAAACACCAGCUCUUAUGGCCAACCUGUACGAGCAAAUCCGAGAAAAGGUGGACUAGUUCCUCCAACUGACGAGGCGUGGAAGAGUGACAUUUCAUACGAAGGAGAUGUUCCUGACAUAGAACGCAUGACUCCCGAGGAGAUCAAGGAACACCAACAGUUUCUAUACGAAAGGUUGGGUAAGGAGGCAUGUGACUUUCUUAUCCAGAGACGAUUGAGAAAGAUGGAGCAAUCGGAGGGGGAAGUUGAUGCCAAGGAGGGAGGCCUGGAAUGUUCCCCUGAACCUCUGCAAACGCAAGGAGACAGUAUUGCAACAGGAGACACGUCAAAUAUAGGCAUCACAUUUAAAGUGGACGAUAAUGAGCUUCGUAAGCUGGAGUGGACGAAUCCCGUGGAACCCGAAGGUCCUGUAUCGGAGGCUGUGGGUACCAUGCGGCUACACCAAUUGAGGUUCGACUUCGACGGUAAUAUGAUUUCUAAUACCGAUGCCACGGUUGAUAUGAAACACCGCCACGAGAGUUCGCUAUACAACCAUGGAAAGGAAGCAGAUAAACCCGGAUACACUAUCCCAGAACUUCUAGAACUUAUGCAAAGCACAUUCAAACCACAAGUACAAAUCGCUACGCGUACAAUAUGUAAUAUCGUGAGGCGAGCGCAGCUCGAUACUGUGCGUUAUUUCGGAUACCCGUGCCAUCGGUGGUUCAAUUACAUCAUGCAUGACGUGGACCUAGUUGGUAGAAUGGGAUUCAUACUAUUGGAAAACACAGGCACAGUCCAAGUACUCACUGAUGCACUUCGAUGUAUGGCUACAAUGUUAUUUGGUGACCUGUCAUAUGCAGUUAACGGGGUUGUGGCUGCCGGCUGUGACAAAGCAACCGACGCAAUGUUGCCGAUGCAAGAAUUGUUAUUCGGCUUCCAUACACAGGACAUGGGACCUUCGAUAUAUAGCUGGAACUCUUUUGUGGCUAAUUUCGCGACUUCCUAUAAGAGCGGAGCGUUGUCACAUGAAAAAACGGCAGAUGCUAAAGCAACCACUACGGAAGGGGUCGAGGGUGAGGGUUCCAUGCCGCAGAACCGAAAAGUUCGUUUUGAUGAAACAACAAAUAUGAAGGGACUAAGCGAGGAUGGGAACGGUGAAUCGAGAGGACGAGACGCAAGGAUGACAGAAUUUUAUCGUGAUGCCGUAGAUGGGAGGUUUAGAGGGGUUGACGCAGAUGAAAUCAAGCAUAUACUGGCAAAAGCCAUGGUAAUAGAGGAAAUAGACCACUAUAAACAGGGCCAAAUGGAAAGCGUCCUUUACCUAAUAACUCACGGGGACUUCAUAAGCAGACUCUGCUCUAUUAUGGAACAUCACGACGGAGCACCAACAUUGCAGGCCUAUUGUAUCACAAUUAUCUGUGGGUUGUUGAUGCGAUUCGGACAGUGUCUUGCAUCUGGUUUAUUACAGUGUGCAACUUUCGUAUCAAGGUUGGAACAUAUCACAGCUGGGCUGAUCGUAGGCACUGAGCAGAACCACAAUCUCUACAGUAAACUAGGGGAUAAUGCUGAUGUCUUAGAUGGUCAGGUACACCUCACAUCGGCUAUUUUGUGCUGCAUAAAGUUGUUAUCAAUAUUCGAGGAGCGGGCUUUCCAGAUUCUCCUAGACCGCAUUGGUGCCAUAGCCUUGGUAAAACAGACAGUGACACAGACGUAUGGCGCACAUAUGAUGCGAUUGUUGAACCCGUCGAGGAAUCGUGAUGGGACGUCGAAACUCAUUGACAAGAAGAUGCUAAUCCCUACGAUUAUGGCCAUCCAAUGCCUCACCGUCUGGUCGAUGCAAAGGUCGUACGACGACACUCUGGACGAAAUGACUCCUAUACUGGACCUCGAUCUAUUUACCCUCUCCGAACUCGCUAAAAACAGGUGUGAUGGUCUGGCGCCAUUUAUAAGCGCCAACGGGAUGAUCAUGGCCCAUAUAUGUGUCCACCUAGCCACGCUCAUUGAAAAAUGUGAAACACGCCAACAUAUAAGGUUCACCUGGGGCAUUAGACGGUUUGAUGAUCUGGUUAUAGCGUUAAGUUCUGUUGAACAGGUUGCGGAGAUGGCUGAGGCCAAGAUGCUAAUGGCGGCAGUAUUCCAACUGCAAUGCUCAUACAUGCGACACACUCAACCGAAAGCAGGCGAUGGCGAUGUUGCAGACCUCUCGGGAAGGCUAACACCUACAGUUCACGAAAUGGCGAAAUAUGCAUCGGCCGUUUCAGCGGCGUUCUGUCGUAACCUUGGGGAGAGUGAAAACAUCGACCUCGUGUGCCCUUGGUGGAGCACGCAAACUAUGGCAGGCAACGCACAGCCAGUGGUAGCAUACGGCAGAGGUCUAAUUACCGUUGGCACGCUAGUGGCGCCUCCAAUGAUUGCGAAAUGUAUGUUGGAUAUGUUGAGCCUAGUAAAGGACGUGGACACCAGUCUAUACGCCAAACUCUUGGAAAUUGUGGAACUACAAUUUAAAAUGAUGUGGGAAACAAUCAGCGUUCAAGUUAAGAGGUUACAUGAUACACGUCUUGGUGAGUUGUUAGCUGGUGAAAAGGGCAUCGCUGCUCAUAAGCCCGUGCCAUUGCUGGAAUCAUGGGCUGGCUUCAUCAUGAGUGUCGUAGAUGUCCUCGGUUCAGACGAUGUGGAACCAUGUGAUGCCGAUAGCAUCCUUGCGGCACUUAGUGUCACGAGCUGCUACGACAGCGUCACCAAAUUGGUGGAACUACUUAUUGUGAAAUAUGAUCUGAGAGCGGAGGGUCAAACGGAAGAGAAUGGGCAAGGAAAUUUGAGUGAAUCUAUUGUGGCAGAUUUUCGGGAGUUCAACAAUACCGUGGCGAAGGCAAAUACAUUGGGGAAUUCUUUGCUGCCAUUGAUGAACUUCGUCUCUUUUGUGCCUACGUUGUGUCUAACUUAUAUAAUCGGCAUUCAUGAUGAAGUGGGCCGUGGUCCGGCUAUUAUUAUCGAUUCCCUGAUAACUAUUGAGCGAUUUAGGAAGUCGUUGUUCAAUUGGGUACCUCCUUUUGAAGUGGCCAAUGGCCUCAUUAACGCAGUUGUUAACUGCCAUGAAAUGAGCGUCUGGAACUUGGAUAAGACCGUUCUCCAGGCGCUAGAGUCCCUUGUGUUCCGAAGACUUUCGGAGAUGGUAACCAUUGUGAAAAGCUCACCAUGUUCGGCCCAGUCAACUUCCAACGAAAGUGUAUCCCCAAGCCAUGAUAAGCGGGACUCUUUGGUGCAGCAUUUUGUCGAUAACUCCAUUUCUACAGGGGAGCAUGCUCUCAUGGACUCCUACAGGAGACCUGCGGAACCCCCGGCUGAUAUCGAGCACGACGGACUCAGCAGGGCUACUUUGAGUGCUAUUAACAAAUUUAACAGUGAGCUAGGUGACUCGCCAUAUGUUAUGGCGGUCAUCAUGUUACUCAUUUCCGUAUUUUCAAGACACGACUGCGCGAAGCGUAUAUGGGCAGACCCCGGCCUCAUGAUACUGCUAGGGCGAAACGUGAUAGUGGAUGGGACCACUUGGGAGGUACGUUGUACCCACCCCAAUGGCGAAUUAUCACUGGGAAGCGUGUUCAUGUACUUGCCAAAAUUCAAUGGCACGGAAGAGAUCAUGCGGAGUCAACGGCGGCUGCUCCAGGAGUUCGGCCCGAGCGACCUGGAUGCAGGAAAUGCUAUAAUGCUAAUAACUCUGGCAUCUAUCGGGAAGUAUGAUAAAGCGUGA